CCGCACGCGGGACUCCUCCCUUCCCCGGCUCUCUUACCUCCAAGUUUUAGUCACCUCGAGUUCGUGCCCAUUGUUCUCAACCUGUGAAUAGCCUACGCUUUAGAUAUUUCCCUAUGCCCUCUCACUUCUUCUUGUCUCUAUACUGGGCUCGUUCUCGCAUCGAGGCUACCUCUAUUACCUCAAUCCUAGUCAUUGUCGUGCAGUCCUGCCGAGCUUGUCGACCCCUUCUCUUUUCUCUUACUUGCUCUGGCUUUGAUGACCCGGGCUCUAUCCACUCUCUUACGCAUGCUCAUUUCUAUCACACCAAUGUCAAUCAUCAUAUCAACCCCAGUUAUUGUACAGUGCCUGCUCAGCCUUCCUCAAAUGCCGCCCAUAUCCUUCUUCCUCGUGUCAAGAACCGGCGCCUUUGACGCAGUGACAUAGGUCCGCCUCGUUCUCGAA